UCAAAAGCAUAACAAUGAGGACGUGGUGGUUCAUAACAACUUUAGUCAUUACUGCUUUCACUUGUAAUUCCCCUUCUUAUGCUUAUGAUAACAACCCUCUACAGGACAUAUGUGUUGCUGUUAAUGACUCUAAGGCUGCAGUUUUCGUGAACGGAAAGAUUUGCAAAGACCCAAAGCUUGCAACAGCGAAUGAUUUCUUUGCUUCAGGUUUUAAUGUUAGUGGAAAUGCAGUGCCUGGGUUUGGUUUUGCUACAAAGACUGCGGAUCUGAACAACAUGCCUGGACUUAACACUCUUGGUCUUUUUUUUGGUCGUAUUGACUUGGAACCUCAACGUCUUGCUCCACUUCACACGCACCCUCGAGCUACUGAGCUGAUAACUAUCCUGGAGGGUACUGUCUAUGCAGGAUUUCUUGUCCCCAAUCCUGCAAACUUCUUUAAGAGUCGUCUCUUCUCCAAAGUCUUGAAUCCUGGUGAUGUGUUUGUAAUCCCAAAAGGUCUUAUUCACUUCCAGUAUAAUGUGGGAAACAAAAAAGCUACUUAUUUCGCUAUUUUCAACAGUCAAAAUCCUGGAUUUGUCAUUAUUCCUAAUUCAAUCUUUGCUUCAAAUCCACCUAUUUCGGACGACGUUCUUGCCAAAGGCUUCAUGCUUAAUAAGACAGAGAUUGCAGUACUUCGAAAGAAAUUCUCUUAGGCUAUACUAUAUGUUAUUAAAAAUAUGAUUCUGUGUUUUCUGAAAGUUGGUUGCAGCACAUAAGCUGCUCACCAGCGUCUUAUGAGUUGGAACAAUACUUGACCCCUAAUAAAUAAAGUGGCAGUGUAUGUAAGUAUAAUCUUUCUUUGCAAUAUAUACUAAUGAAUAAGCACUA